AUGCUGAUUGCGAUCUGGUCCGUGAUGGAACAAGCACUGAACGGAAGAUCCAGGCGGGAGAGCAAGCCGAGACACUUUGACAAGCGAACGGUCUCUUUGUGCGAAAUGGUGACGCACCCUCCAUCGGAGGCGAUCGAUGCGAGGACUGAAUUCCGAGUCCAAGGGCCCCCUUCCUUACAAACUGAAGAGACGGGAGCGCCCGGAAGCGCAUCCCGUGAGCGAUGUCGUGCUGCUGCUGUCGAGUGUCGACGCGUCGAUAGCCACCAAGAGGGAGGGGUGGAUCGUACGAACGGAGUGGGUUCUAGUUUGACCUGA